UGAAACGGGGUGAAGUCGGGAGGUGGUUUCUUUCGCAAGAUGGCGGCGAGCGGCCUCAGCCGGGCUGCAGCUGCGGCCACCACCUCGGUGAAGCCCGUUUUCAGUCGGGACAUGAACGAGGCCAAGCGGAGGGUGCGCGAGCUCUACCGCGCCUGGUAUCGGGAGGUGCCGAACACUGUGCAUUUAUUCCAGCUAGACAUCUCUGUGAAACAGGGACGGGAUAAAGUCCGAGAAAUGUUUAUGAAGAAUGCCCACGUCAUAGACCCCAGGGUGGUUGAUCUUCUGGUCAUUAAGGGAAAGAUGGAACUGGAAGAAACAAUUAAAGUGUGGAAGCAGCGGACACACGUUAUGCGGUUUUUCCAUGAAACAGAAGCACCAAGGCCAAAGGAUUUCCUGUCCAAGUUCUAUGUUGGGCACGACCCGUGAAAUCACUCAAUGGAAAAGUGCAUGUUGAUAUUUAAGUAUUUUAGAGCACAAAUAAACUCAAUAUAUGAUGGUCA